CACCCGGCUGCGAGUGUGAAUGAGCUUGUUGUUUGCAGCUGCAGUCGUUGCCUCUUGCGCUUGCUGCAGCUCUCCGGCGCUGUGGCGAAGCUGACUUUUCUCAUUGGCAGAUGAUGCGCUCUUUCGAUCGGAGUGGAGACCGAUUCUGACGGCGGCCCUCGCAGCCUAGAGCUGAAGCAGUACCGUACCAGAAAACAUCCACGACAGCGCUAGGAGAAAGCUCUCCAGUCAACCAAGACAAGUAAAACAAGAAAGAAUUUUUGGGGGGUGGGGUGGGGGAAGAGGAGGUUGUGUGGUUCUGGCAGGGUGGGAGAGACGGCGGUUUUGGGCACCGCUGUCCUCUGGAGCGGGAUGGACCAGGGCACGUGGGCCCUGGAGCUGACGGGGACGUUCCUCUCCGGGGUGGCCUGGCUCUGCACGCUGGCCGCCACCGCCACCUCGCAGUGGCUGACGUUGUCCACCAGCCUGCUGCCCACCGAGAGCUACGAGCUGGGCCUGUGGGAGACCUGCGUGGUGCAGGAGCUGGGGGCCACGCAGUGCAGGCCCUACAACAGCCUGCUGGGCCUGCCCCCGGACAUUCGGCUGGCCCGGGCCCUCAUGUGCACGGCCCUGGGCUCCGGGCUCCUGGGACUCCUGCUGGCUGUGCCCGGCCUCCGCCUGGUCAACAGCUGCGAGGGCCCGCGGGCGCGAGGGGCCAAGAGGACGGCCAGGAUCCUGGGGGGCGUGUUCUGCCUGGCGGCUGGCGUGCUGGGGCUGGUUCCGGUGUCCUACAUGGCACACCUGACGGUGCUGCGGUUCUUCGACGAGAGCGUGCCGGACGUGGUGCCGCGCUGGGAGUUUGGGAACGCCCUCUUCUGCGGCUGGGCCGCCGGGCUCCUCCACCUGCUGGCUGGGGGCCUGCUGGUGGGCUCCUGCCUCUUCUGUCAGGGGCCCCCCCACACAGAGACGAUCCCCCUACAGACAUCCAUGAACAGUCUGGCUGAUCACUCCCCUGGGACCAAGUCAGAGUACGUCUGAACGGAGACCAGAAACUGAAUCACCUUAUUACUGCCCGAGACAUCUUUUUUCUUUCUCUCGCUUGCUCCUUUACUUCUCUCUCUCUCAUUUCUCCUUCUCUGCCAAAGCUGGAAGCCUUAGUGUUCAUUAGCUUUAGUAUACUAUUCUGACUAUAUUUUUAUGGUAAUGUAGCUAGGACAAUUCUUAGGGCAAUACUCUGCUUUAAGAGCACUGCUUUAAGUAUUAGAAUUAAUUUCUGACAUGAAAAUUAAUUUAAAUACAUUUACUUGAAUGUAGACACAUUCGGCUGCUUCCUCUUUUUUGUUUGUUGUUUUGACCUCUAGAUUCUUAUGCUGCUCAUGUUAAUUCUGUUUCUAAUCAUUUUUUAAACAGACUUUUGCGAGAAAAUGCAAGAAUACAAUACAAUACAAAUCACAAACAUGAUUUAAAAAAAAUAAUCCUCGCUUAUAUCAUUCAUUUAUUUAGUGGCCACAUAAAUGGUAUAAACAAAUGUAUUGUUAUUAUAUGUAUACAUAUAAUCAGAUUUGGAGGUUACAUGCACACUACUACACAUGAAGCAGAAUUUUCUAGUUGCUACAUCAUAUUAUUUGCCUGUAAAUUUAAUUUUCUAACUCAGAAAAAGCAUAUUUUCUGUUUGGUUCUUUCACUUUCUCAAGCAGCAUUGUGUUGUAUAGUGGUUAGGUGACUGGGAUUGUUACUCAAUUUCUGGUUCAAUUCCAAGGUGGGACACCGCCAUUGUACCCUUUAGCAAGAUACUUAGCCUGAAUUGCUUCAGUGAAAAUACAGCAGUAUAAAUUGAUCUGUGUGUAUAAACAAACAUUAAGCUGUGCAAAUCACUCUUGGUAAGAACGUCUUGUAAAUGCCAAAAAGAAAUCAGUAUGUCUGAAUGGUUAUUCACAAAAUGUGACCCAAAGAAACUACUAAUGCAUCUUAGUAGAUAAUCUCAGCCAAUGACAUUUGACAUUUGUCCUUAACUUUGACUAAAUAUUUUAAGAAAGAAUAUUUAUCUUCACAAACAGCUCAGCAAUCACUACUAUAAAAAGUGUAAUGUUUGCACUCAUUUGUAGAUCAAAGUUAUGGACAAUUGAUGAUUGAAUGCAGGCCUGAAUGCAUGGUGAUAUUCACAAUGAAAGAUUCCUGUGUGGACUGGGUGUGGAAUGGUGUGCCUGACCAGUUGAAAACGAAACGUGUUAUUCCCAUUUUGUUGUAAUUCAGACCAUGUGAGAACAGGUGGCAUGACUAAAUUGUUUAUAGAUUACCUAAACUGUAAAUUUGAGCAAGCUGUAAAGUUGUUGUACUGAAAUAACUAAAAUUGGCAAAUAUGUUCUGUAGA